CAGUGUCAUGGCGGCGUUCGGAGCCAGCUUCGAGAGCACAAGCAGUAUCGAGGAAAGAAAGGAAAAAAAACGACAGGCCCGGCGAGAGGUCACAGAACAGGCCAAGCAGAAGUAUGAGAGAGAAGUGAGGAAGAAAGAGCUGAAGAGGCUGAGAGGGGAAGACACUUGGAUGCUGCCUGAGGUCAACCAGAGGCUGCAGGAGAUAGAGCACGAGGGCAGUUUGAAGACCAAGAAGAAGAAGAAAGAGAAGAAAUCUAAAAAGAAGAAGGAGAAGAAGGCCAAGAAGGAGAAGAAGACAGUAGGAGCAGUAGAUGGCUCCAGUGACAGCUCAGAGGCCUCUGGGGAUGAUUGGGUUGAGGCUCAGCCUCAGAUACAAUCUGCUAAAGCCUGGCAGGUUCCUGAUGAGUCCAAACCUUCAGAGAUCGCCCUCAGCCCAUCCCAGAAUGUUCAGAGAGACGAAUGGAUGACCUUUGACUUCCUGGCGAUGAAGACCACAUCCACAGCAGAGAAGAGGGCUGAGAAAGAACGGCAGAAAGAUGAGGAGAAGGCAAAGGCUCAGGCCAUUGAACAGGCUGGCAUACACAAACUGGAGCUAAAUCCAUACUGGAAGAAUGGAGGAACGGGGCUGCCCCCAGGGGAGAAGGCUGGUACUGCUUUAAAGAAAGGCUCAGUCGUCAAUGAUGGAGGUCUGGGCUGGCUGAGGAAGAGCUACCAGAGGAUGAGGGAGCAGGCAGAGAGGGAGCAGCGCAGCGUCAACGAUGUGGUGGCUGAGAGAUAUGGGUCAAUGGAAGACUUUCAGCAGAGACUUGCCGAAGCAGAGGAAGCUGCGUAUGAAAAGAAGAGAGGAGGAGGAAGAGAAGGCCCAUCAAGAGACGGAAGGAGGGAAGGAGAGAAUGAUACCCGUGAGAGAUGGAGGAGAAACGAGGGAGAUGCAGAAGAUGAAGGCCGGUGGAGAAAAAACGAAAGACAAAGGGACUCAUCACCUCGAGACCGAGAGCGAUACCGAGCGAGAGGAGAGGAGGGGGAGAGGGGAGGAAUUCGAGGGGGAGGGGAGGAGCGAGGUCGAGAUGGAGACAGGUACAGAGAGAAGGACAGAGACAGAAACAGGGAUAGAGACAGAGAGAGGGAGAGAGAUGGAAGAAGAGACAGAGAGAGGGAUGUAGAUGGGGAAAGAAAUAUAGAAAAAUAUCAACCCAGUGCCUCAUCAUCAUCAUCUUCGUCUAGGAGUCAAAGCGCCCUCUCUGGUUCACUUAAAGGUCGGUUCCACAAACCCUCAGAAGACGAUGACGGUGUUGAAGCCCCAGAACGUCCUCGCCCGACUCGGCCCUCCACAGGCUUCCUGAAACCCAGCUCCGAUGAUGAAGACUCUGGUUCGCUUAACGCUGGCGUUCCACCCUGGAAGAAGAACAGCAAACUGGCCCCAGAAUCUGACCGCUUGGAAAAACUACAGCAGGAGAAAGAGAGGAUUGUUGAGAAAGCUGUAACCCCUCCUCAGGCUGGUCCAUGCGGUGACAAAGCUGCUGUGACGACAUCAAGGAUUGAGAGUGAAAGUGAGGAAGAAGAGGAAGAGAUUCCUCUGCUGUCAGAAGAAGAGAUGAACAGACUGGCAAGCGAGUUGGUGAAGGCAGAGAUUAGGGGCAAAACAACCCUGGUUGAGAAGCUGAAAUCACAACUGGAGGCAGCACGGAAAGUCAAAGACGACCACUGCGCCCGAAAGAAGCUACUGGACACGGCUGCAUCAAACCAGGUCCCAGGUCGCUCCACUGAGGAAGAGGAGGUCCUGCUGUUUAGAACGGAUCAUUCGGGUCGGGCCUGGCCAGUCAACGCUCCCUCCGGACCUCAGGAGCCCCAUGGAGGACGACGGAAAAAGAAAUCGAUCGAGACCCAUGCUGAUGGGGAGCGUGUGCGCUACUUCCAGGAUGAUGACAAUGUUGGUCUGAAGGAGAUGGUGAGGAGGGAGAAGAUGAGCUCAGCACAGGAUCAGAACGCCCUCUACUCCCGCAUGGCUGCUAAGAUGAUGGGGAAGACAGACGGCGACAACUACACGCUGGAUGACAUGUUUGUGUCGAGUGCAGCGCAGCGGGAGGGCGAGGGGACGGAAGAGGAGAGGAUGAGGAGCAGAGCCAUCGGGGAGAGUAGGAGGAUGGUUGCCUCUCUGGAGAAAUGUCACCACUGCUUCAGCAGCCAAGAGCUCCAGAAGCACCUCAUAGUGGCAAUAGGCAGCAAGGCGUACCUGAGCCUUCCUGUGGGAGUGUCGAUGACGGAGGGCCACUGUCUCAUCUGUCCCCUCCAGCAUCACUGCUCUGCCACCGGAUUGGACGAGGAUGUCUGGUCGGAAAUGCAGCUGUUCCGGCGUACUUUGGUCCGUAUGUUUGAAUCCCAGGAGCAGGACUGUGUGUUCAUGGAAACACACAUGAACCCACGCAGAAGGCAACACAUGGUCCUCGAGUGUAUCCCACUGCCCAGAGAGCUGGGUGAUAUGGCACCCAUAUAUUUUAAGAAAGCCAUCAUGGAGUGUGAUGAGGAAUGGGCCAUGAACAAGAAGGUUGUCGACCUCUCUUCAAAAGACGUCCGCCAAGCUGUUCCUCGAGGUCUGCCCUACUUUGCCGUAGACUUUGGACUCCAGGGAGGAUUUGCUCAUGUGAUAGAAAAUGAACAGAAGUUCCCUCAUUACUUUGGCAAGGAAGUGGUCGGAGGCAUGAUGGACCUGGAGCCGCGGCGUUGGAGGAAGUUGAUCAGAGAGAACUUUGACGAUCAGAGGAAAAAAGUGUUGCAGUUUGCACAGUGGUGGAAACCGUUCGACUGCACCAAGACUGAGAGCUAACUGAACACAGACAGACGAGUGUGCAUGUUGGAUUUGACUUGGGAAGACGACAACCUCACAGUCCUACAACCUGGCAGGCGUCAAUACAAUUUUAAAUGUAUUAUUGUUGGAACCUUUUUCUUAAAUAAAAAACAAAUCAUCUGAUUUAA